CCAAAUUGCAAUUUUAAUUAUUGACAUAAUGAUUGUAUUUUUAGAUGUGGACCAUUAAUUCGGUUUUGGUGCAUGAGGUAUGAAAGCAAGCAUCACUACUUUAAAGAGCUAGCUCAACGAUCUCGGUGUUUCAAAAAUAUUCUUCAUACACUUGCUCAUCAUCAUCAAAGGCUUUCAUGUCUCUAUUUAAAUUCUGUGGAAAGUUUUUUAGUAAAGAAAAUUUUAACUGGUCCUUCAAUAUCUGUUGAUGUGAGAAACCUUAAUUAUUACUCACAAUUAAGUGACGAAUUUUCUGAGAUGAGUAAUCAUCAAGUCUCACAAUCAAAUUGGAUAGAAGUUUUGGAAACUCGAUAUAGGUGUGGUUCGGUGGUUCUACUUUCAAUUGAUUUUUACCCAAUAUUUGGGGUUGUCACUGAUAUAAUAGUUUACAAUGGGGAUAAUUACUUUCUUGUGUGCGAGAUUAUUGAAACAAUCUGCUUUAAUUCUCACUUUCAUUGCUAUGAAGUUUGUAAUAGUUCUUCUCCAUCGUUCACUCUUGUAAAGCAAUCAGACUUGGUUGAUCAUAAUGUACUUUCAAUGUAUACUAAAGGCAUGUCCAAUUUUGUUUCACUAAAAUAUCAUGUUAUAUAACAUUACAAUCAUGAUCAUAAUUGGGUGUGCAUAGUA